GAAGAAAAAGAGAAGGAAGAGGCGGAGCAACAGAAGAAGAUAUAGCAUGAGAAGAAAUAUGAACAGUAAGAAAAGGAGAAGGAGCAAAAGGACGUGAGGAGAAACAGGAGGAAAAGGAGGAGGCAGAAGAGAAAACAGGAGGAGGAAGAGAGGGAAGAGGGGCAACAGGAGAAUGAGGAAU